AUGUCUCGGCCUGGUCGGCCAAGCCGUCAAGGAGCAAAAAGAAACAAAAAUCAGUUACUGUCUUGCUUUCGAUUGGAAAAAAAAGGGUUACUUUCUUGCUUGGAGAAGCAACUCCCUGGACUAAGCAGGAAGAGGGCUGAAUUAGCUAGAGGAAUUUUAUUGUCUAUCCCUUCCAUUUUGACGUGUGUGAAAGACUUUCGCAAACUGUGGGAUUUUGAUGAUUUUAAAAAAUUUAUUUGCCUGCAAAAGUUGACAAUAUCAUGGGGAGGAUGCUCUUUUGGAGAAGAGUUUGGAGAAGAAAGAAGAAUACUAUCAGCACUAUUCACACAAGGCCCUCUAAUACUUCCUCCCAUUUUGCAGAAACUAGACUUUCAGUGUUUCCCUGAGGCAAGUCUAACCAAUUGGUUGAGGCCUGCCGAGAGACUAAAGAAACUCUAUAUCAGAGGAGGGCUAUUAUGUGAUCUAGACCAAAUUCAGAAACGUCAAGGGGAGUGGUGGAACGUGGAGAUAUUGCGUUUGAAGUACUUGAGCAAAUUAAAGAUAGAUUGGAGCGAACUGAGGAUAUUAUUUCCCAAGUUAAUUUACUUGCAACAAGAAGAAUGCCCCAAGUUAAGUAACUCCCCGUGUGAUGAGAGGGGCGUGUGGAUGAACAUGGAGGCCAUUGAUUCGCACAUGCAGUAG